UUUGCAACCCUUUCAUCGCUAUCAAAAAGGCAAUCGCGCAGCAGAAGCAAAAGUCGUCAUAGCAGCAACGAUUCGAAUGAUGGUGACCGCCAGAGUCUUUAUGUUGGCGGUAGUGAACACAGUGGUCAGCAAGUUUUGGGUUCGCCUUCUCCUAAUGAAGAUUUUAUAUCUCGGAUUUUCAAUGGAGCGCGUGCUCAUGGCACAGCUAUAACUGAGGAGGAGUUCCAAAAUUUAGGAAAAAACCGUGCUUUUGCAUCUGGAAGCGUUGGAUAUCGUCUUGGUGAUAGCAGUGGACAAUCCAUAGAAUCAGUGCCUAAUACGAAAGAGGCCAAUAGUGAAUCAAAAAAAGAAAAUGUCACUUUGAAAAUUUGGCGUGAUGGAUUUACGUUAAAUAAUGGCCCAUUUCGAGAUCUUUCCGAUCGAGAAAACGUACAAUUUCUUGAGAGUAUCAUGCAAGGUCGCAUGCCUAUGGAACUUGUUCGUAUGUAUCCGGGUCGUGUCAUUGAUAUGCGAAUGGAACGUAAUCCUGGUCUUUAUGAGCCACCUAAUGUAACGAAGCAUAUAAAUGCUUUCGGCGGCCAAGGAAAUCGUCUCGGUGGCAUUGUGCCUUGUGAUAAUAUCGAAGUUGAGAAUGAAAAUUUUGAUCAGGAAUCUUCAACGGAUUCGCCUAAGGAUGCAGCAGAUGAUGAUGUGAAAUUGGCCCAGGAUGAAGUAAAGAUAAACGAAGAGGAACCAGUUACUCAAAUUCAGUUUCGUCUGCCGAAUGGUAAAAAGAUAAUUGGUCGAUUCAAUUAUACACAUACGAUACAAGAUUUGCGAAGUUUCAUUGUAAGUGCCAUUCCGAAACUAGCAUUCAAUCCUUUCGACUUAAUGACAGUAUUUCCUAACCGUAUAAUGAAAGAAGAAACCGAAACACUGCAGGAUAUGAGUAUAUUAAAUUCUGUUAUCAUUGUUAAACCAAAUUAA